AUGGCGAAGCUAGCCAUGGUUCCUCAAAGAGUACCCUGUCUCACCGAGGUUUGUCGACCGUUGGGCUGGAUACUGUCGGAACUCUGUGAUGUGGAUAAUACUAGUCAACAAUGGAUCAAAGCUACGCCAUAUUUUACGGUACGGGGAUUAUUACGGAUUAGAAGUCCUCUAAGGAGAGGGACAACUUGUCUACGAAAAGAGAAUAGGAGGAAUAGGGUUCUUGCUAGGGAGGAUUACAAUAAGUAUGAGAUGAGUGAUAAGGAGAAGGGAGAGGAAGGGGACUAUGGACUACUCCUCAUGUAG